CUUCCUUUCUUGGCUCUAACCUACCUUGUUCUUGUAUUGCCUAUUGCCUAUUGCCUCUCGUCUCGUCUCGUCCCGAGUCCCGAGUCCCGUCGCACUCGUUUUUUUUUGUAGUCGUAGUCGCACGACGCUUUGCGUGCCGAGGUCCUUCGCCAAUCGAUGCCCGAGCCGCCAUCCUGAAAAUAUAAUAUCAACCCGCCCCCAAUCAUCGAAUGCUACCCUCCUCGAUCUCCACCCUUAAAGCAAAUGCUGCGCCUGCCCGCGCUCUUCCGCCUGCCCUCCAAGCUACGGCGGCGGGCCCGGCGCCGGAGGAUGACUACCCUGGUCUCCCUGAUCGCCAUCCUAAGCCUGCUUCUGCUGCCCUUCUACGUCGUCUAUAAGCCGCCGCGGUCCCUAAUCCGGUACUUCGCGCGGCGAUGGCCCGACGUGCUGUGGGAGGUUCCUACGGACCAGAAAGUUGUGGCCCUGACCAUCGAUGACGCCCCGUCAGAGCACACGCAGGAGAUCCUCGCCGUGCUCAACGGCCACGAGGCUACGGCUACCUUCUUCGUUAUCGGCGGCCAGGUACCCGGCCGCGAGGAGACGUUGGCGGACAUCGUGCGCAGCGGCAGCGAGCUAGGCAACCACGCCAUGCACGACGAGCCGUCGCGCGCGCUGUCGGACGAGGAGUUGACGACGCAGAUCGAGACGGUGCGCGAGCGUAUCCGGGCUGCGUACGCGACAGCUAAUGGCGUCGAGAACCCCAAGAUGCCGCCUCAGUACUUCCGGCCCGGCUCGGGCUUCUUCAGCGACCGCAUGCGCGCACUGGUCGACAAGCUCGGAUAUCGCAUCGUGCUUGGUAGCGUGUACCCGCACGACGCGCAGAUCAGCUGGUCCUGGCUCAACGCGCGCCACAUCCUGAGCAUGGUACGCCCUGGUGCUGUGAUCGUGUGCCACGACCGCCGCGGCUGGACGGCGCCGAUGCUGCGGAAGGUGUUGAAGAAGCUGAAGAAAGACGGGUACCGUGUUGUUAGCCUGACGGAGAUGCUCGAGAUAACGGGGCAACGCUGAGCUUCCUACAAUGCCAACGAUGCCAACGAUGCCAACUGCACAACUAGUGAAUCGAUCAUUGUUGGCGGGCGAAUGCAUAUCCAUUAUAGACGUGAGAGCAAAGUACAAGGUCCUGUGAUUACGCUCCGUCUAUGUAUAUCCAACAGAGCUUGCCUCAUCUCAAAACGGCACUCUGCCACUUCACUGCGCAACCUAGCGCCAUAUACAAAAAUACAAGCUACCUAAGGUUAGGGUAGACAGGACCACCCUACAUUUUCUAUACAUUAAUAGUAAUGGUAUACGAAUCGGCCUAUCGGACGGGUCUACAUACGAAACUCCGCACAGGAAGAAAAGCCGAUCCGACUAGUAUGUGUACCUAAGGUACUCAUGGGAGGCGUUGUAUAUAAACAUAUACCUAAUUCUUAUUUUAUUCACGAACUAGACGCUCCGAGAAGAGCUGGUGCCAGGAUUAAGGCUUAUUGGUCUGGCUUAGAAGGAAUAGGGUAUUACUAGGAUAGGGGAUAGGGUAUGAAUAACGAAGAGUUAGGUUGUUAAUAUUAACCCCUACCGCAUCACAUUCUAGGGUAUAGUAUAGAUGCCUUUAAGAGUAGGUAUAUAGUAUCGUGAGUUAGCACCAAUUACAUAGGUAAAUAGAGCUU